AUUUUCUCCAUCUUCUUUCUCUCACUCUCUUUCCCUCUCUCUCGGCCUCUCUCUCUCUCUCCUUCUCAAUCUCUACCGAGAUUCUGAGCGCCAGAUAUUCGAUCCUUUCCCUUCCCUUUUAUUUAUUUAUUUUCUUUUUGAAUUUUAAAUUAUUUUGUUACCGAUUAAUUUAGGGCAGUUUUAUAUUUCUACCCCCCAUUUUUCAACAUAUUAAAAAUUGCCCCCCAGUUAGUUUGUGUGGUCGCGCUAGGUGCUUAGCUGCUGACGUGGGAUGCACUCAAAACGGCACCAUGAACACCAAAACGAUGCGCCUUCCUCCCCGUCGUGUAUUGACGCCCAAUGCCAUAAACAACAAGCGAAAGGACAGAGAGGAAUUCGAUGCCCUCAAGCCGCAGACGCCGCCGACGAAACUGCCCAAGCCGGAUGCGCCGCAAGCCGAGCCGAUCAGCCCGUCGUCUAAUCAGCUCCUGGCCGGGUACCUGGCCCACGAGUUCCUCUCCAAAGGUACGUUGUUCGGUCAACUUUGGGAUCCAGUCGAAAACGAGGUCGUUCCGGUCUCGCCGAAGAAGAGAGCGAAGCCGAGCCGGAACGGCGAAGCGGAGCCGAGCGGUGGACAGCUGGAGGAUUACCAAAGGUACGUGGAAGUAGCGAGUUUGCUGAAAACGGAUGGGGCCCACUUACCUGGCAUUGUGAACCCCACACAGCUCGCUUGCUUCUUGCAGAUGUGAUGCGUGGAGCGAUUCUAUUGGUUCCUCCAUAUUACCAACCAACGAAAAAAAAAAAAAAAAAAACUCUUUCUAUUUUUUUAUUUAAUUACCUUUUUUCUCUCUUUUCAUUAACUUUUGGUUAACUUAAAUAGCUUGUAUUCAUGUAUUUAAUAUGCAUGUGGCAAUUGGCAUGCAUGCAUUCAUGCGAAUCUGAUCCUUCUGUGUGAAUAUCGAGACGAAGAAGCAUGCUUAGAAAGACAUGCAUAUCGGAUUCCAUGAACAAAUUUUGUGUAAUUUCCAUGCAUGUUUAUUUGCUAUAUAAUCGGUUUAUUAGACAAAAUUACUCCAUAUCACCAUGCCUCGC